UAAUCAUCUCUGAGAACUAGACCGCUCAAAUAGUUGAGAUGAAACGGAGUUACAUCUGACUACAAUCUGUAGCAUAUUCAAACCGUGCGCUACCAACUCAUAGUUUUUCUUAUUUGUUUGUGUUAUUUCUGACUGUUGUUGAUUGCUUUCUAGCUUGAAAUGUAAUUUUUGCCACGGUAAACGUCUGCUUUCAACCUAGAUAAACAUAUUCGGCGGAAUGCAUCUCAGUAAAAAUAAUUGAAAAUACCAAGUGAGAUGGAGUAUUUAUUCCCUGUUCCGAUAAACUGUCCAUAUCCUGACGUACCUAGCUCCAUGAUUUUUCAUGAGAACCGAACGCAUUCUGAAAGUGUAUCAUCGCUCACCACGACAAUCUUGCUUAACAUUGCAAAUGAAGCUGUAACACGGCAGUUGCGCACAGUUUUUAUUCGAAAAGAAGCUAUUUUGAAAUAUGAUUUCGUUCAUAUUCAUGGUUGCAGUAAACUUGUUACCUCGAAUUGGGAUAACGUCCAUUUCGUGUGA